GGGGCUAGAGCAGCGGGUCUCCCCGGGUGACGGGGCUGUGAGGCGGGCUUGGCAGCGGCCUAGCGGAAAGGAUGGCCCGGACUGAGCAGGAGACCUCGCCCGCUUUUGAAUGAAGGGAGCCCGCGGUCGCCGAGGGAAGCGGCUCCCCCUCGGCCUUCAACCCGCUGGGCGCCAGGGAAGACAAAGACUUUCAUCAUGGCCAUUACACAGUUCCGUCUGUUUAAAAUUUGUACUUGCCUGGCAGCAGUAUUGUCUUUUUUUAAGAGGUUAAUAUGCAGGACUGGAAGGGGGCGAAAACUCAGUGGAGACCAAAUAACGCUGCCUACUACUGUAGACUAUUCAUCUGUUCCAAAACAGUCAGAAGUUGAAGACUGGACUUCUUGGGAUGAAGAUGCACCUACAAGUGUAAAAAUUGAAGGUGGCAAUGGCAAUGUUGCCAAUCAGCAAAAUGGUCUGGAAGAAAUGGAACCAGACUACUUUAAGGAUAUGACACCGACGAUAAGGAAAACACAGAAAAUCAUCAUUAAAAAACGUGACCCCCUAACUUUUGGUAACCAGGAUGGCACGGCAGGAUUUUCUAGCAGAUUAGCAGCUACGCAAGAUGUUCCUUUUAUUCACCAGUCUCCAGAAUUGGGAGACCUGGAAACGUGGCAGGAAAAUAGAAAUGCUUGGGAAGAGGAGGAAGAUGCUUCCUGGCAAGCAGAAGAAGUUCUCAGGCAGCAGAAAAUAGCAGAAAGGGAAAAAAGAGCAGCUGAGCAACAAAGGAAGAAAAUGGAGAAAGAAGUGCAGCGGUUAAUGAAGAAAGAACAGAAUAAAAUUGGCGUGAAGCUAUCUUAACACCACUUGGGCUGAUUUCACAGUGCCAGCAGAAAUGAGAGAAUUCAGCUUCUAAAGCAAUUCAUCAUUUUGUAUUGAUCUCAGUAUUUCUAGAACUCCGGCUCACUGCUUUCAUUUUAAGCCAUUUUGGAAGAGACAGUUCUUCUAUAAGGUAGCUUCAGCUGGACAGCCCCAACAACAGAUUCGUCAUCCCACUAAUUCCCACCAUGACAGGACAGUGUUUCCUGUAGAAACCCAAAUCACUCCUAUUUCAAGAGAUAAUACUGCAUAAACUGUUCAACUGCCUGUUUGAUGCUAAAGGGAAAAUGGUGUAAAUAAUUGAAUGAUGGGAAUCUACUCUAUUGUCUAUUAUGCUUAUUACCAGAAAGGUGUGUAAUUAAAUAAUUUUAAAGAA